UUGUAUUGAAUAAUGUGAAGUAAAAGAUGCCCCGCCUACCCAAAAGUCAAGUUACCAUAGUAACCAUUUUUUACCAAUCAAAUUAGAGAUGCUGAUAUUUAAUGGAUCUAUAACAAGGUGUGUUUUACAAAUUUCAUGAUGAAAUAUCAAAAAUCUUUGAAAUGAAAGGAUUUUUCAGUGAACUUAUUGAACGACUUAUAAAGGUUAGAUGAAAAUUCACACUUUAAAACAAACCAUUGUUCAUUGUAUUUCUAUUUGGGUCAUUUCUUAAAUGUUUGAAUAUAUUUAUAUAUAAAGUGAGUAUCUGAUAAAAUGACAAACUCUUUUGUUUCCCAUAAACCUUUUAAUGAAGACAAUGACAUGUUAUCUACAAUCUAAGAACUUUUCGCUGUAUAAUACUCCCUUAGAUCACAAUUUGAAGUUUUAGCCCAUUUGAGUUUUUGCAAUUAUAUCUCAUUCUUGAUCCUUAGAAAUUGUGUUUGUGUUCUGGAAAUUUGCCCGGAUCUAAAGGAGUUGUUUAACAUAUAUUCCACCUUGAAUUGCCUAACAUAAUGGGUAUCCUUCUUGUACAUGGCAAGUCAAUGGACUAGCACAAUCAAAUGUCAUUAAACGAGGUGUGAUCGUAAAUACGAGUGUAAAGUGUGACGUAUAAUUUCCGUUUAUUUCAUUUCAGAGGACACAAAACUAAAAUGUUUGCAAAGUCAACAAUGUCAAGGCUGCAUUAAUUACACCAGCGUCUUUUAGAUUUCAUAGCAACAUACAUUGACCCCAAGAAAUCCUAAACCCCGGUAAAUAUGUCAACUUCCGGCUGGCCAAUGAACAAUAAUAUUCUCCGUCUAUACAUCCUUGAAGAAUGUUUAUGUUUAAUGGGUAACGCAAAAAUACUGCUCUCUAACUUUGGAAAACUCCCAAUUGGAAUGAAAUCUUUAUAUUCAUUUAAUUGCGUAUAUGAAGUGUCAAAUGAGUGAAACAAAAGAAAGUAACGUACGAGCAUUGGCCACAAAUUAGAGCAAUAACCUUUUUCGUUCAAAAUGCAAUUUUCUUAUUUUGAGCUGUUUGGAUUAUUUGACUCAUUUCCGGAUUUUAAAGACGAUUCUUUCAUAAUUUAUGAAAUUAUUCCAAAAUUAGAGGUUUGCAUUUUGUGUCACCUUGUACGAAUAAAUGUUGCACUGUGAAGGUAAAUAACCAAAUCGCUUUACAACAACAGGCCAUCCCAAACCUAGGACAAGUUUAUGAUGGUCUAAUAGGAGAAGAUACGAUAAAAAUCAACGAUUUCAAAAUAUAAUUAGAAUAUACAAAUAUGAAUUAUUUGAUACUCAUAUUUUGUUUGGAUUUCGCGCUGAUGAGCGUAACAUCACAAACUACAGAUUCAGAUACAUCGACUCGGCCCUUAUGCUGGGCGUGCAGCAAUGUGCGGGACGAGUACGAGUGUGUCAUGACCGGGCAUUGGGACACAUGCAAUGCAAAUUCGCCCUAUUGCCUGAUCGAAUUUGAAUACUCCAACUCAAAAGGAUAUACGGAGUUAUCAAAAUUCUGCGCAAACGAUCCGGCUUGCACCAACUUGGAUGACUUGAGCCCAGCUGCCUGUGACAAUGGAGAAGUGAACAAAGGAAAGAGCUGCUCGUAUUGUUGUUACUCUGCUGGCUGUAACUGGGGGAUACCAAGCCAGUUCCACGCUCAAUAUACAGGACUUGAAGCAAUUGAAACAGCGCCAACUCCGCCGUUUCAUGUAGAAAAUUUGAAUUACGAGAAUUCAAACUCAACCAGUUCUACAAUGGCAGCAUCAACAACGACAAUGGAAGCACCAACGGCAGCAUCUCCAACAACAACGGAAGCACCAUCAGCAGCACCAACAACAACAAUGGAAGCACCGACGGCUGCACCAACAACAACAACGGAAGCACCAACAGCAACAACAUCUACGGAAGCACCAAUGGGAGCACCACAAUCAACAACAGCGGAAACACCAACAACAACAAGGGAAGUACAAACACAAGAACCAACAACAACAACAGAAGCACCAACGGCAAUACAUUCAACAAUGGAAACACCAACAACAACAACUGAAGCACCAACGGCAACACAAACGACAACGGCAGCACCAAUAACAACAACGGAAGCACCAACGACAGUACCAACAACAGCAACAGAAGUAUCAACGGAAGCACCAACAACUACAACGGAAGAACCAACGGCGGCACCAACAACAACUACGGAAGCACCAACAACAACAACGGAAGCACCAACGGCAGCACCAACAACAAAUACGGAAGCACCAACAACAACAACAGAAGCACCAACAGCAACAACAGCAGAAGCACAAACGCCAGCACCAACAACAACAACAAAAGCACUAGCAGCAGCAUCAACAACAAUAACGGAAGCACCGACAACAACAACGGAAGCACCAGCGGCAGCACCAACAACAAUAACGGAAGCACCGACAACAGCAACGGAAGCACCAGCGGCAGCACCAACAACAACAACGGAAGCACCGACAACAACAACGGAAGCACCAGCGGCAGCACCAACAACAACAACGGAAGAACCGACGGCAGCACUAACAAAGACAACGGUAGCAUCAACUGUAACAGUAGGUGGCUCAGACACUGGAACAGUGGAUGGCUCAGACGCUGGUACAGGAGGUGGCACGGAUGCUGGAACAGGAGGUGGUUCAGACGCUGGAACAGCAGAUGGCUCAGACGCUGGAACAGUGGAUGGCUCAGACGCUGGAACAGGAGGUGGCACGGAUGCUGGAACAGGAGGUGGUUCAGACGCAGGAACAGUAGAUAACUCGGACGCUGGAACAGCAGGUGGCUCGGAUGCUGGAACAGCAGAUGGCUCGGACGCUGGAACAGUAGAUGGCUCAGACACUGGAACAGUGGAUGGCUCAGACGCUGGUACAGGAGGUGGCACGGAUGCUGGAACAGGAGGUGGUUCAGACGCUGGAACAGUAGAUGGCUUGGACGCUGGAACAGCAGGUGGCUCGGACGCUGGAACAGCAAGUGGCUCGGACGCUGGAACAGCAGGUGGUUCAGACGCUGGAACAGCAGAUGGCUCGGAAGCUGGAACAGCAGGUGGCUCAGACGCUGGAACAGCAGGUGGUUCAGACGCUGGAACAGCAGAUGGCUCGGACGCUGGAACAGCAGGUGGCUCGAACGCUGGAACAGAAGAUGGCUCAGACACUGGAGCAGUGGAUGGCUCAGACGCUGGUACAGGAGGUGGCACGGAUGCUGGAACAGGAGGUGGUUCAGACGCUGGAACAGUAGAUGGCUCGGACGCUGGAACAGCAGGUGGCUCGGACGCGGGAACAGCAGGUGGGACAGACACUGGAACAGCAGAUGGCUCGGAUGCUGGAACAGCAGGUGGCUCGGACGCUGGAACAGCAGGUGGUUCAGACGCUGGAACAGCAGAUGGCUCGGACGCUGGAACAGCAGGUGGCUCGGACGCUGGAACAGCAGGUGGUUCAGACGCUGGAACAGCAGAUGGCUCGGACGCUGGAACAGGAGGUGGCACGGACGCGGGAACAGUAGAUGGCUCAGACACUGGAACAGUAGAUGGCUCAGACGCUGGAACAGGAGGUGGCACGGAUUCUGGAACAGUGGAUGGCUCAGACGCUGGAAUAGGAGGUGGCACGGAUUCUGGAACAGCAGGUGGCUCAGACGCUGGGACAGCAGGUGGUUCAGACGUUGGAACAGGAGGUGGUUCAGACGCUGGAACAGCAGGUGGUUCAGACGCUGGAACGGCAGGUGGUUCAGACGCUGGAACAGGAGGUGGUUCAGACGCUGGAACGGCAGGUGGUUCAGACGCUGGAACAGCAGGUGGCUCUGACACUGGAGCAGCUUCCGGCUCAGUAGAUGCCACAGUAGCGGGUAUACUAGAUGUUUCUGAAUCCACGGACCCUAGUGUCGUUACAAAUACCCAAGGCAUCGACACAACUAAUAACAGAUCUCUCUCUGAUGCCGAUGCACAAAAGGCAUCAGCAGAGGAAGAAGCAAAAAAGCAACAAACGAUUGCAGCUGCAACAGCAACGCCUGCUCUGUUCCUCAUUGCAGGGAGUGGUAUUGUAGCCACUGUGAUGUUGAAGAUGGGAAAAUGUGGCACGCCGUUUGGUGCUGGUAAGAAAAAAAAGAACGAUGACGAAGAAGACUCUGACGACGAUGACGUCGAAAAUGAACAUGGACAUAUUGAAUCAGAUCAUUUCACUCGUCCUGAAACAGCAUCCACCGCUGUCUCAAGUGUACAAGACGUCAAUGAAACCUUAACAGAUCUUAGAGCAGAUACGCCAUCAAGCGUCAUCGUGGACAUUUGUUCCAGGCCAUCCACUGCAAGUAGUGGCUACCUCAGUCGAUCUGUCACACCUAUGACUGACAUCUGUGCAUAGAGUACGAACUUUAAGAUGGAGACGAUACAACUUUAACUGUUGUUAAAUUUAGCAUUAAACUGAUAGUUUUUAUACUUAAAACGUUAAAACGUAUGCAUGUACAGGGUGGUUAAAAAUCGGAAACCCUUAUACUAUUUUCUUCAGCUUAAGAAAUAACUACCUGAUAUUUUACACAUUUGUACAUCCUUCAUUUCCCUACCAGCCUAAUCUAUUUCAUUAUCAUCAGAUCGAUAGUCACAAUGUAAAAGCACUUUAAAGAACAUGCUCCACUAUUGCGCUUUAGACAAACCUGCAUACGACGUCCAAAAUGUCCUUACCUGACUCCUAGUCCUACCUGUGGGGAUAUGGCAAAGAUAGAGUGUAUGAAAAUGACCUCGGGACAAUUGCAGAUCUCAAAAGUGAAAUAAUUCGUGGCAUUCAGGCCAUACUUGCUGAGGAAUGCAUUUGGGUCAUUGACAACUGUGCAGAUUUGCCUACAGGGCGAUGAUGGCCAAACCUGGAGCAUGUUGCUCAAAGUGCUGUAACAUUGUGACUAU